UUGGCCGUGUCGUGGGCUCCGCCCCUCCAGACUGCAGAGCAGGCGGAGGUUGCACGUCUUACGCAGGCGGCGGCCGCGGCGGUGUUGGGGUGACUGAGCUGUCGGCGCCCGCGGGCUGGGUCCCCAGCCUGGGAGAAGAUGGCCCCACAGCCCCCGAGGGGCCUGGUCCCUGCUCUGCUCUGGGGCCUGAGCUUCUUCCUCAGCCUCCCAGGCCCUGUCUGGCUCCAGCCCUCUCCACCUCCCCAGUCCUCUCCCCCCAUUGAGCCGCAUCCAUGCCACACCUGCAGGGGACUGGUGGACAGCUUCAACAAGGGCCUGGAGAGAACCAUCCGGGACAACUUUGGAGGUGGAAACACUGCCUGGGAGGAAGAGAAGUUGUCCAAAUACAAAGACAGUGAGACCCGCCUGGUAGAGGUGCUCGAGAACGUGUGCAGCAAGUCGGACUUCGAGUGCCACCGUCUGCUGGAGCUGAGUGAGGAGCUGGUGGAGAGCUGGUGGUUUCACAAGCAGCAGGAAGCCCCAGACCUCUUCCAGUGGCUCUGUUCAGAUGCCCUGAAGCUCUGCUGCCCCUCAGGCACCUUCGGGCCUUCCUGCCUUCCCUGUCCUGGGGGUGCAGAGAAGCCCUGUAGUGGCUACGGGCGGUGUGAAGGCGAAGGGACUCGAGGGGGCAGUGGGCAUUGUGACUGCCAAGCCGGCUAUGGGGGUGAGGCCUGUGGCCAGUGCGGCCUGGGCUACUUUGAGGCGGAGCGCAACGCCAGCCAUCUGGUAUGUUCGGCUUGUUUUGGCCCCUGUGCCCGCUGCUCAGGACCUGAGGAAUCGAACUGUUUACAGUGCAAGAAGGGCUGGGCUCUGCACCACCUCAAGUGUGUAGACAUUGACGAGUGUGGCACAGAGCGAGCCAACUGUGGAGCUAACCAGUUCUGCGUGAACACGGAGGGCUCCUACGAGUGCCGAGACUGUGCCAAGGCCUGCCUGGGCUGCAUGGGGGCAGGGCCAGGCCGCUGUAAGAAGUGUAGCCUUGGCUACCAGCAGGUGGGCUCCAAGUGUCUCGAUGUGGAUGAGUGUGACACAGAGGUGUGUCCAGGAGAGAACGAGAAGUGUGAGAACACCGAGGGCAGUUAUCACUGCAUCUGCGCCGAAGGCUACAAGCAGAUCGAGGGCAUCUGUGUGAAGGAGCAGAUCCCAGAGUCAGCGGGCUUCUUCUCGGAGAUGACAGAGGACGAGCUGGUGGUGCUGCAGCAGAUGUUCUUCGGCGUCAUCAUCUGCGCGCUGGCCACACUGGCCGCCAAGGGCGACUUGGUCUUCACUGCCAUCUUCAUUGGGGCUGUCGCAGCCAUGACUGGCUAUUGGUUGUCAGAGCGCAGCGACCGUGUGCUGGAGGGCUUCAUCAAGGGCAGAUAAUCCCUGCCACACUGGCAGGAUCUCCACCCAGGCUGCCCCCAGAGGUCGGACCUUUCUCCUGCCUGGACUUGUGAAGCAGCUUGCUUUGUUUGGUGAGAGUGGGGUAAGCAGCCACACUCCCCAAGUCUGGGCGGUUAGGCUCCUGGGGUGAAAAGGUAGCCCUUAAGGUGGAUGCCAUGAGAUGGCCUGGGAGACUGCACAGGCUUCACAAUGUGUGUGAAUUUUUAAGACAAGUGUCUCCUCGUGGUGGCUGCUAGUGAGCUUUGGCCCCUGCCCAGGAUGGGGGGGUGUUGUCUCUGCAGGGGUGGCCCAUCACAGUCCACUCCUGCCAGCUGCAUGCUGCCAGCUCCUGUUCAAUACUCACUCCUGCCCCUCAGCCACUGAUUUAUUUAUUUAUCUCAGGAAAUAAAGAAAGGUCUUGGAAAAUAGA